ACGAGACUAAUAAUAAAGAGGUCGGAGUAAUCUUUGUACUUUGAGUUUAGCAAAUUUAACGCCAAAUGUUUAUUUGAGAGCUUCGUGUUGUUAUUUUAUUUAGUUAUUAUUUGUUAGUGAUAGAUCUGGUUCUAAGUGAUAUUUGAUUUUCUUCUCUCGACUGUCCCGCAACCCAAAGAUGUUAAACAUGGAGAAUGUGGUGGGAUCGUCUGCUACGUUGUUGCUGUUGUCAAAUAUUUUAAGUAUAUCGGUGAUUUUGGCAUGUAUUGUUAUAAAACUACCUCAGAUAUUAUCCAUGAUACGUGGGGGAAGUAGCAAAGGUGUUCGUUUGAGUAGCGUUUUAUUAGAAGAAUGCGGGUAUUCCAUAAUGUUAACCUACCAUUUUGCGAUGAAUUAUCCAAUAGCAACAUAUUUUGAAUACACGUUUCUAGUUUUACAAGAUUUAAUCGUGAUUGUGUUGAUUCUAGGGUAUAAUGAAAAGCUGAAUCUUAGCGCCCUACCAUUUUUUGCCUUAUAUAUGUGUGUUUUUUCAUGUUUUGCCAUGAACUUGGUUCCAGGGUAUGUGUUAAAAACAGCAAUAAGUUUAUGUACACCAAUAUCAACUAGUAGUAAAUUAAUACAGUUAGUUUCAAUUGUUCGUAAUCAGGAUCCUGGAACAGUUAGUGCUGCAACAUGGGGAAUGGCGUUUUACACAACAAUGGCUCGAAGUAUUACAACUUUGAUACAGACAGGUGACGUCAGAGUACUAAUUAAUUUUGGAAUUAGUUGUAUGCUGAAUUUAUCUCUUACUAUAAUGGUUUUACAUUAUCGACGUUCCAGUAAAAAGAAGUUAUAUUAAUAAUAUUUUUAUAUGCCAUUCUUUUAUUUCUGAUUCCUUUGAAGGGGCAUUAGUUAAGAUUAGAUAAAGAACUGACAGUUCUCGUUAUGAUUGUCAACAAUUUUGUCUCAUAAUUUAUGACCACUAUUUUGAUAUUUAUUAAACAUUACUUGUGCUGGUAUUUUAAGCUACCCCACUAAGUAAUUUAAUGCAACAUUUUCUUAUGUAUAUAGAAUAAUUAUGUAUAUCCAUGCAGUGGAAUCCCACUUGCAGUGUUGAUAUAAACUGUUCUAAUAGGGGAGGUGUAUAGUUAGUAUCCUAGCAUACAGAUUUUACACAUUCUUUUAAAAUAUGGUUGGUCGUAUGAAGAGGUGGUCGCCGAGAGGGGUUUUACUGUCUGUGUUGAUAGUAUAUGUAAUAAAUAUUGAAUUGAUCAUGUUAUCGUGGAAAGUACAUAAUGUUAUCGUUAUCAUGAUUUUAUAAUGUCAUGUCAUUAAAUACACU